AUGAGUAAUGCGAGAGGACGACCCCGUACUCGUAGUCAGCCUGCUACAGUUCCUGAUGAGGUUCUUGAGCAGACACAUAAGACACCGAGAGAGUUUACUAGUGAGGAGUAUCGACGGGGAAUGGCUGAGAUGCAAGUCGCAGCGGAGAAUUGGAUGCUGGCAAUUGAGAAGCAUCACCAUUCAAUUGGAUGCUUAGAUGAUUUCCGGGUUAGACUUAGCACCUUUUUGCUUCGAGGAGAUGCUGAGAGAUGGUGGGAGACUGCCCGCCAGAGAUUUGGAGAUAGGGGGCUGACUUGGGCUGAGUUCCAGCAGAUGUUUAAUGUAGCUUAUUGUCCAGCGUGGGUUCAAGAGCAAAAGACCUACGAGUUUAUCGAUCUGGUUCAAGGUAGCAAGACCGUGGCACAAUAUGAGGCGGAGUUUACAGCUUUGGCUCGAUAUGCUCCAGAGUUGGUUUCCACAGAGGCGAAGAAGGCCUCUAAGUUUCAGAGAGGACCACGUGCUGACAUUCGCCAUGCUUUCGGAGGAGUUCAGUGCAAGGAGUAUGCUGUAGCUGUCCAGCGGGCGUACGUGGUUGAGAGAGACCGUAAUGAAUGGAGAGCUAUACAAGCAAGCAAGAAAGGAGCUGGUUCAUCUUUUAAUGGCAAGAAGGGAAAGUGGGCAGCUGGGCAAGGACACAGUCAGGGGAAGGAACCACUGUGCUGUUAG